AUGGAGGGAAGGGAAUCGAAUCGACUCGAAUCGGUUCGAAUCGACUCGAAUCGGUUCGAAUCGGUUCGAAUCGACUCGAAUCGGUUCGAAUCGGUUCGAAUCGACUCGAAUCGGUUCGAAUCGACUCGAAUCGGAUCGAAUCAAGCGGGUAGCUAACAAGAGUCAAGCGGGUAGCUAACAAAAAUUUUUUUAAAAAAGUUACAGAUUUGGACAAAUCCAAAAAUGUAAAAAAGCUUAGUAAGCCACCCAGAAGCAACUUUAAAGCUAAAAAAAUUGAAAGAAAAUUUUUAACACUGUUAAAAAAGGCUUAGGCUUAGUAACCACCCAGAAGUAACUGUGAAGGCGAAAACCCCAAUUUUUCAUUCCAGAUUUUUAUUAAAAAUUUUAAAAAAAAUGGAAGGAAGGGAAUCGAAUCGACUCGAAUCGGUUCGAAUCGACUCGAAUCGGUUCGAAUCGGUUCGAAUCGACUCGAAUCGGUUCGAAUCGACUCGAAUCGGUUCGAAUCGACUCGAAUCGGUUCGAAUCGGUUCGAAUCGACUCGAAUCGGUUCGAAUCGACUCGAAUCGGAUCGAAUCAAGCGGGUAGCUAACAAGAGUCAAGCGGGUAGCUAACAAAAAUUUUUUUAAAAAAGUUACAGAUUUGGACAAAUCCAAAAAUGUAAAAAAAGCUUAGUAAGCCACCCAGAAGCAACUUUAAAGCUAAAAAAAUUGAAAGAAAAUUUUUAACACUGUUAAAAAAGGCUUAGGCUUAGUAACCACCCAGAAGUAACUGUGAAGGCGAAAACCCCAAUUUUUCAUUCCAGAUUUUUAUUAAAAAUUUAAAAAAAAAUGGAGGGAAGGGAAUCGAAUCGACUCGAAUCGGUUCGAAUCGACUCGAAUCGGUUCGAAUCGGUUCGAAUCGACUCGAAUCGGUUCGAAUCGGUUCGAAUCGACUCGAAUCGGUUCGAAUCGACUCGAAUCGGUUCGAAUCGACUCGAAUCGGUUCGAAUCGACUCGAAUCGGAUCGAAUCAAGCGGGUAGCUAACAAGAGUCAAGCGGGUAGCUAACAAAAAUUUUUUUAAAAAGUUACAGAUUUGGACAAAUCCAAAAAUGUAAAAAAAGCUUAGUAAGCCACCCAGAAGCAACUUUAAAGCUAAAAAAAUUGAAAGAAAAUUUUUAACACUGUUAAAAAAGGCUUAGGCUUAGUAACCACCCAGAAGUAACUGUGAAGGCGAAAACCCCAAUUUUUCAUUCCAGAUUUUUAUUAAAAAUUUAAAAAAAAUGGAGGGAAGGGAAUCGAAUCGACUCGAAUCGGUUCGAAUCGACUCGAAUCGGUUCGAAUCGGUUCGAAUCGACUCGAAUCGGUUCGAAUCGACUCGAAUCGGUUCGAAUCGACUCGAAUCGGUUCGAAUCGACUCGAAUCGGAUCGAAUCAAGCGGGUAGCUAACAAGAGUCAAGCGGGUAGCUAACAAAAAUUUUUUUAAAAAGUUACAGAUUUGGACAAAUCCAAAAAUGUAAAAAAAGCUUAGUAAGCCACCCAGAAGCAACUUUAAAGCUAAAAAAAUUGAAAGAAAAUUUUUAACACUGUUAAAAAAGGCUUAGGCUUAGUAACCACCCAGAAGUAACUGUGAAGGCGAAAACCCCAAUUUUUCAUUCCAGAUUUUUAUUAAAAAUUUAAAAAAAAUGGAGGGAAGGGAAUCGAAUCGACUCGAAUCGGUUCGAAUCGACUCGAAUCGGUUCGAAUCGGUUCGAAUCGACUCGAAUCGGUUCGAAUCGACUCGAAUCGGAUCGAAUCAAGCGGGUAGCUAA